CCUCUCCGAGGCAUGUGACCAUGUGAUCACAGCCACUGCACCCAGACGGAGAACUUGUGACUACAGAGACAGCGAGGGAAGCAGCUGCUUCAUCAGGCACCAAGCACUGCCCGCGCCUCCUCUUCGACCUCUUCAUCUCCGACGCGCAACAUGGACUGCGGGAUUUUCACAUCCAAGACCGUCCUCCUCUUCCUCAGCCUGGUGUUUUGGGUUGCAGGAGCUGCGUUGGCCUACGUGGGUGCCUACGUGAUCAGGAGCUAUGACUCUUUCGACAGUUUCAUUCAGGACAAAUACACCUUGGUGCCAGCAGCGAUCAUCAUUGGCAUCAGCGUGAUGAUGUUCAUCUUUGGUCUGGUGGGAUGCUGCGCCACACUGCGCGAGUCCAAAGUCGGCCUUAGUUUCUUCUUUCUGAUCAUCAUGGGGAUGUUUGCAGCGGAAGUGGCUGCUCUGGUAUUUAGCUUUAUCUACCAAGGAAAGAUAAAGGCAGACCUGGAGCGCUCAAUGAAUGACGUCUUCAUGAAGUAUGAUGGACAGGGCGCAGAUACCGAGGCUGUGGACUACCUGCAGGCUCAGUUGCAGUGCUGUGGCGUCAUGAAUUACACCAGCUGGUCCAACACCACCUGGUUUAGCAGCCACAACAACACCGUACCUGCGUCCUGCUGUAAAAACAGCACGGUGUGCACACGCAGGCUGGACCAACCGGACCAGCUUAACACCCAGGGCUGUGAGGUGAAGCUGGAACGCCUCCUACAGGGUGUGAUGGGUUACGCCAUGCUGGUCAUUCUGGGCUUCGCCAUCAUCAAGUUCUUUGGGAUGCUGAGCGUUUGUGUGAUCACCUGUAAAACCCAGAGGAGCGCCUACCAGCCUCUGUAUGCCUGAGCCGCUUCAUGCAGCCGCUUUACCACCUGUUGAUUUAGCUUGGAAUAGGAUUUGCUCAGCAGUGACUCAUCCAGGCCCAUUAGUGUACAAAUAUUCAUUUUUAUUUAAAUAAUUGCAUGUGAAGUGGUGGAAAAUGCCUCCACGUGAAGGCGAUCUAUCCAGAGCAUUGCUCCACAAAUGAAAGCGGUCUGACUUGUUAAAUCACUUUCCUGAAUGUGUUUUUCAAUUUUUGAGUUAUUUUUAUUGAAAUCUUUCGCUUUAGAUAUGUUUCAUGUCGUUGUGAAGCCCAGGGUCUCUGUACUGCUUCAGUCCAGCUACUUUAUUAUUCUUCGAUAAAGGACUUCAAACUAUGUUUUAAGCUUUUUGUGAUUGAGACCAAAACAAUAUAUAUAUAUAUACACGCACACACACACUAGCAUGUUUUAUGGUCUGUUAACUGUAUUCCUCUUAAUGUAACAAUUCUAUAUGAAUGACUUUGGUUAUGCAUAUAAUGUUUCUAAAUUAAACUGGGUGAAAAUGUCUCAA